CUGUGAGGUGACCCACAUUUGCAUUUCAGCAAGAAAGUCAAGUCAACUCAAAAUCAUGGCGUCUGCCCUGCACCUCCCCCUCCGCCAUAAACUUCGCAAUUUUAACUACCCCCCUCUCCCUCCUUUAUCGCAUCAAAUUCAUUCGCUUCCGCUCUCUCUCCGUCCCCAAAUUUCUCUCUGUCAACGAACCCUAGCCACCCACCCACUCCUCCUUUUUCAAAAUUUGAAUUUAUUUUAGAUUUGUUCUAGCUGCGGAGGCUGGAGCUGGUUUACUAAGCUGCGGAGGCUGGAGCUGGUUUACUAAGCUGCUUCUCUCCGGAAUCUAUUGGGUUCCGUUCAACUCGGUAAGCGUUAUUUACUUGGAAGUGAACUGUAUCUGUAUGUACCUCUCGUUUCGGGCAUUAUAAGCUCUGCGGGCUAUUUAGUAUGGGUCUUGCUUCGAGUUUAUGAAUAUUUGUUCCGGACGAAUUCACUUCCAGGUAUUCUUGUUACUGCUAAUUUUCGCUGUAUGUGACAUGGAGAGCCAAGAGGUCAUGGCGAAUGGUUGGAGGGGUGAUUCUGCUUUGCACGGGGACGCCCUUGAGUUUGUUAAUAGUGAGAAUGGUUUCUCUCAUGUUGCUGGCGAUGACGAAGAGAAGGGGAAUUUAGCAGAGGAGGUUUUGGGGGAUUUGGAGGAAUAUUGGGAAGAUAUCAAUGACAGGUUAAUGAUUUCAAGAAUGGUCAGUGAUUCUGUUAUCAAGGGUAUGGUGACUGCUGUGGAGCAAGAGGCAGCCGAGAAGGAACUGGAAGUAGCCAGUUUGAAGGAGUUGCUGUACUCUGAUCGAGUAGGAAGUGGAAGAUUUGAGCAAGAACUUAAAUCUCGAGGUUUUGGGAGGUUUUCGAACCUCCCGACUCUGUGUGUAAAAAUUGAAAAUAGUAGAGAGGAAUUAAAUGCUGUAAGGAAUCUUACAAUAGAACAGUUGGUUAGCGUUAAGAAGGAUAUUGGAUCUGUGAGUGCAUCUAAUUCGUUGUGGAAGAUUGGAUCAGGACUCGAAUGGCUGGGGUUGGGUGGUGGGAGUUUACCCGAAAAGCAGUGUGCAAGGUUGGUGCAUAUUGAUGAGAUACUGCAGAACCUUGAAAAAACAGUGGAUAUUGUGUGCACGAAGGCCGACGAUGUGUUGCAUUCUUCUAAGGUUUCACUUUGUGAGUUGCAACAGGAACAAGAUAUAUUAGCCAGCCUUGAGGGUAUAGUGAUAGAAAGUGUGUUUAAAAGACUUAAAGAUGAAUUUGAGGAGAAAUUGUUGGAACAGUUACAGAAUACACAAUUUGGUAGAAUUCAGAGUAUGAAUUGGCUUGGAAAGUUCCAUGAGCUAUCUAAUUUAGGUGGUCAGUUGGAUGCUAUUCUUAAGUCACUCUCCAUACAUGACUCGGGGUUAGUUUCUCAUGGAUCACAUGAUUUAGAUCAGUUACAUCAAAAGAUCUUCACCAAUCAUGUUACUCCAUCAUGCGGGGAAAAUGGAACACUAGAUGCAUCAAGUAUUCAUGUUGCUGAGAUCUAUGAUAUUCAGCAGCUGCAACACCUGUCGAAGGAGGGAAUGGUAGACUAUUUUAAUGACAUUAUAAUUAAGAUGAAGAGAGAACAUGAAUCGGCUUUGCAUCAGAAGACUGAACAGUAUUUCCGUUUAAAACGAGAAUACCUGAAAGAGAGGAGUUCCUUUGUGACGCACAGGGACGAAGAAUUUGAUGUUCUAAGGAAAAAGAUUCCUGAAGUUAUAUCAAAGCUGGAGAACUUCCUCUUGGAAAAUGAAAGAUUCCCUGCACUGAUACACACUUCUGAAAGUAUUGGGAACAUGAAGCAAAGACUUGAGAUCCUUCACUCUGAAAAUCAGGAACUGAGAGACUGUCUUGCUGAAAAGCAAAAGGAGGUGAAGCAUCUAGAAAUGCAGGUUGCAGACUCUGCUGCUCAGCAGUUGCAGCAUUCCUUGUCCAAAGAAAUGAUGCCAAAACUGACAGAAAACCGCAGCUCAGCAGUGGAAGAGUCGCAUAUGGAAGCUUUGCUGAAUGAACUAGUGUUUAAUUGUGCUAUCAGGAAUCAGAUUGCUCAGACAAGAAGUGAUUCUAAUGAUAAACACUUGGAGGUCCCCACUGAACAACCAGAAGCUGUUGUUUCUGCCGAAGCAGAAGAUAAAUAUGAAAAUGAAGAUUCAGAGGUUGAAUCAUUGAUAGCUGAAGGGUUCUGUGGAUUGGUAUAUGCUGAAGCUGUAAAGGAUGCAGAGCAUAAAUUCAGUGACUUGAAUAGGGAACUUCUGGUGAAUAAAAAUAUCAUAAACUGUCUGGAGGUGAAAGCAGGUGAAAAGGAGAAUGAAUUAAGCCAGGUGGUUGAAGAGACAAAUAAAUUAAAACGAGAAAUACUUGAUAUGGGAACUGCAAUGGAACAGAAGGAGAAAUUAGCAGCUGAUUUAUCAGUUUCACUAUCAAAACAGAGGGAGCAGUUUGAGCAAGCUUCUCAAGAACUAGAGAAUAUACGGCAACAUGCAGCUCAACAACAAACGCUAGUUAUUGAAAGCAACCAGGAGUUGCAAUUACUGAAGUCUGAACAUUUGAAAGCAUUGAAACAGAUUCAGAUUGAUAAAAUUGAAAUGCAUAAGCUGAAUCAAACGACAGAGAUGUUAAUGGUUGCCAAUAAAAGGGAACUGGAAAUGGCUGUUAGUGGGAUCUCAAAAAUGUUUGAUGAUUUUGAAUGCAGAGCGUCAGGUGUCAUAAAGAAAAAUAAUUUAAGGUUGGAAAAUACAAAAACUCACUUGAAAGAUCUUAACGAGAUGGCUUAUGCACUUAAAAGAAAAGAGCUGACGUAUAAACAGAGAUUGGAACGAAAAUUUGCUGAUCUCCAAAUGGCUGAGUCUGAGGUUGACCUUUUAGGAGACGAGGUUGAUGCUUUGUUGAGAUUGCUUGAGAAAAUAUAUAUCGCACUUGAUCACUACUCUCCUAUUUUAAAGCAUUAUCCUGGGAUUAUUGAGAUCCUGAAACUGGUCAGAAGGGAAUUGAGUGGAGAAGCUACUCGGAUACAUGAUUAACUUUUUGGUAAGGAUGCAUAGCGUCGAAAUGGAAGCUGCAUCUUGAAAAAGAGUUGGUAGCUAAGGUCGGAUCCUUUUUGCUUGCGCGAGCCCAGCCUUGGAGUUUACCUAUUUGUCCAUAAAACUAGGGAAGUUUUCAGGUUUUGAAAUGCCUUAUACUUUCUGUCUUGAAGAUUAAUAAGGUUGUCUUGUUUGGGUGUAGAUGUUUUGAUGAUCGUCAUGUUAUAGAUUAUAGAGCCAAGGGGAGGCUUGUUUUAGAGAAUGGAUACAUACAUGUCCUGAAAGGGGAAGGAUGUGAUCAUUCCUUCUACUGUGCAGUUAGUUCCAACUAAAUUGCUUUUUAUUCAGAUUUUCAAAUCACUAAAAUUUUAGGUUCUGUUUACGGAAAAUUUUCUUUCUC